GGCCGGGGAGAGAGAGAGAAAUCCCUGUGAGGUUAUGAGCUGGUGCUUCAUUAACUGACUUUUACAGCUCUGAAGGUUUCAGCUCUGCCUGCUAAGAGUAGGACUUUGCAAGACAAGUUUUUGCUGGUGCUUCUGGUCAACCUGCUCUGUGGGAUCUCACAGAGACUCUGUCAGGGAUUCGCUGGAUGUGCUUGCAGGAAAGGAUGAUCAGUUUUUUAUAUUUUAUCCUCCCAGUGUUGGGAGGAUACACCCUCACCUCAGUUUACCUGCUGAAAAACCCGCACAUUCUCCACAAGAGGAAACGCACCACUUUCUACUGCAAACACAUCUCACACAGAGGAGGAUCUGGAGAGAGGAUAGAGAGCACCAUGGAGGCAUUCACACAUGCGGUGGAGCAGGGCACAGAGAUGUUGGAGAUGGACUGUCAUUUGACGCACGAUGGAUAUGUGGUGGUAUCACAUGACGAGAAUUUGCUGAGGCAGACUGGCCAUGACGUCACCAUCUCCUCGCUUAAUCUACAGGAUUUGCCUUUGUAUAAAGAGAGACUGGAGGUGACAUUUUAUGCAGGUCGAUACAGCAGUGGCACAGACAGGAAUUUUGCUCUGCUGGAGGAUGUGUUCAAAAAGUUCCCUGAGACACCUGUCAGCAUUGAGAUCAAAGAGAACAACCACCAGCUGAUAGAGAAAGUGUCUGAACUGGUUAGACGCUACAACAGGGAAGAGAUCACUGUGUGGGCUUCCACGAACUCCACGAUCAUGAAGGAAUGUUGCAAAAUGAACGGCUCCAUGCCAUACAGUUUCACCAUGAGCCGAGGUAUGCUGCUUCUGCUUCUCUACUACACGGGGCUGCUGCCCUUUGUGCCAAUAGGAGAGAGUUUACUGCAGUUCUACCUGCCACGUAUCAUGAACAGAACAUACAUUCCAGACGAGGACAUCUUGAGGAAGAGGCUGCUUGUGGCUUUGUUAGAAAAAGUAACUAUGAGGAAGAGUCUUUUUAAACACCUCUCUGCCCGUGGAAUUCAGGUGCAUUUAUUUGUUUGCAACACAGAUGAAGACAUAAAGGCAGCACUUGAAGUGGGAGCCACUGGGGUGAUGAGUGACUAUCCAGCUCUUCUGUCCAACUACCUCUGCAGAAACAGAAGCCAGGACUGAACCCAAACACACCAUCACGUGACAGCAACAAUGGGACUGACAAAAACAACUAGAACUGAAGAAUAUUUGGUCCACAUCAUAAUCACCAUGCAGUGGGAACAAAUCUAUAAUUAAUCUCUUCAGUAUUGACCUCUAAUCAGUGCUGGCAGAAUGACUUGUUUGUUGUGGGAUCAUUUCUACAGCCUCCGCCCACAAGCAGACCCGGUCAUUGAUUUUUGUCUGCAGCAAAUCUAAGGAGUGAAUAUUUAACCAGCUGAUUAAAUGUGACUUUGUUUUGAAUGUCUCUGAUGUUAUUUUCUGCUAUUUUCAUGAU